AUGCGAGAAUCAAAUGCCGCAGCAACUCCAGACUCUCCAACUGACUCUGUGCGUUCUUCCGCCCGUGCUAUUACUGCCUUGGCUGGCAGCGGAGUAGGCCUAAACAUAUCAGCGUGUCAUGCUGCUGCUGCCUUCUUAGUUCGUCUCAAUUCUACCAACCCUCGCACUCCAUCAAGUAUUGCGUCCUCGUGGUUGGGCGCCAAUGGACUUCAUCCGCCUGCCCCUGACGUAUCUGCUCUAUCAUGGAUAUUUGUUGUGGAUACACUCAACUUUUGUUUUUGGGGUCCACUCGGUGGUCCCAGGUGGUCCGUUUCUCACAAUGGAAAGACCUACGAGGGAUAUUGGGCUCUCUGUGCUUCGAUCAAUCGUGCCUUGGAGGAAGGAAUUCCUAUGACAGACCCCGCCUUUUACGCCAAAGUCAGCUGCUCCCAACUUACGCACAUCUUUCGCUCUGCAAACAGUGUGCCAGUACCAAUGCUCAAGUCUCGUGUGAAGGUUCUGAACGAAGCUGGCACCGUUCUUACGAAAUCCUUCAAUUCUUCGGUGGAGGACUUGGUCGCCGCUGCCAACGGCUCAGCCGAUAACCUAAUUGGUCUACUUGUCCGCAACUUUUCAUCCUUCAAUGACUCGGUGCUCGCCUCGGCCGGCACAAACGACCACGUGAAGUCAACCCAUCGGCUUUUCUUCUACAAACGAGCACAAAUCUUCGUAGCAGACGUCUGGGCCUGUUUCGCUGCCACUAACAAAUACCCAUUCCAUGACAUCGGCAAUCUGACAAUGUUUGCAGACUACAGGGUCCCGCAGGCCCUUGCAUGGCUUGGUGCAAUCGAAUAUUCUCCAAAAGUACUUCAGGCACUGGCCAGUGGCGAGGAGCUUGCCCACGGUGACCCGAGAGAGAUACAAAUCCGGGGGUUUUCCAUCCAUGCUGUCGAAAUUAUACGCCAGGAGAUGGAGCGUCUCACAAACCAGCAACUCGGACAAACGGCGAGGAGUAAGGAGUCGGCUCCUAUAAACUCUGUCAUGAUCGAUUUUGCUCUGUGGGAUUACGCAACGGAACAUAGGGAUCAGCUCGCGAAAUUCCCAAUACACCGCACGAAAUCUGUGUAUUAUUAG